AUGUCCUUCCUUUACCGCUGGUUCGGGCCCCUGUACGAUGCCAUUCUAUGUCCAGGCCUACCCUGGAGUAUUCGCUGGCGCCUUGUCGCAUUACAGCCAGUAGUCUUCCUUACCAAUGCAAUUCAAUAUUGGCGUGACAUACGUUCGAAACAUCCCAAAACCACGAUCUGGAUUCCCUUGAGGCGUGCUCCGGGUCACUCCGUUCCUCUCCACCUCAACAUUCACGGCGGCGGGUUCCUUGGAGGUCUCCCCGAAGGCAACACGCCGUUCUGUGAUCGAGUCGCGGCAGAGACCGGGGCGGUAGUGAUAUCAACAUCUCACCGAUACUCCCCACGAUAUACUUUUCCCGUCGCGCACAGGGAUGUCCAAGAUGUAGCCGAAUGGUUGAUCGAAAACGCGGGGAGGCUUUGGGAUGCCGAUCCGAGAUUGUUGAGUGUGAGCGGAUUUUCAAGUGGAGGGAAUCUGGCGUUGGGCGUUGCGCAAUGGUUGGCCCGGUCGGAAUUCAACGUGAAAGCAGCGGUGAUGUUUUACCCACCCGUUGAUCUGCGGCUGUCGCCGUGGGAAAAGCCGAAGCCGGCCAAAUAUCCUGAUACUGACCCUCUAGCUUUUGUUUUGCCCUUAAUGGACGCAUAUGCCGGAACAGAGCGAGAAAAGUAUCUGGAUAGCCCAAUACUGCAUCCCAUUCUCGCAGAUAUUGAGUCACUGCCACGGAAUAUGCUGUUUCUUUGUGCGAAGGUCGAUAUUCUUCACCAUGAGCAAACAGUGUUUGUGAAUAGACUGAAAGACGAAGCUGUGGCCCUUAAUCGCGAGAUCAAAUACCCACAAGAAGCAUCUCAACAUCAUCCGACCGAUAGGGAAGACCGAGUAUCGCUAGCGUUAGAACUUGAAUCAGCUGCUCGACGUCCUUAUCACAUUGAUGGCAUGUUCUUCGACGAUCAGAUACAUGGGUGGAUUGAGGUGCCUUCAAUGUUCAUCGAUACCAAAUUGAGAGACCAGGCCUAUAGUGAUGCAGUGCAGUUUCUAGACAACGUCUAUAUUUCCCAAGGAUAG